AUGCCGGCUACUUCUACGACACGUGCGACCUCACAAACAUAUCACAUACCUCCCCUCAUACGUAGGGACGCACCCGGCUAUGUAUGGGGUCUAUCAACACGCCGGCUACUCCUACGACACGUGCGACCUCACAAGCUUAUCACAUACCUCCCCUCAUACGUCGGGACGCACCCGGCUAUGUAUGGGGUCUGUCAACACGCCGGUUACUCCUACGACACGUGCGACCUCACAAGCAUAUCACAUAUCUCCUCUCAUACGUCGGGACGCGCCUGGCCACGUAUGAGGUCUGUCAACACGCCGGCUACUCCUACGACACGUGCGACCUCACAAGCAUAUCACAUAUCUCUCCUCAUACGUCCUCAUACGUCGGGACGCACCCGGCCACGUAUGAGGUCUAUCAACACGCCGGCUCCCCUCAUACGUCGGGAUGCGCCUGGCCACGUAUGA